UAGCGCGCAAAUGUCAUCACAAAAAAGAAACAGAUGAGAAGCAGUUUCAAUUUCUAUUUUCAUUAGAUUUUAAAUUUUAAACACAUAAAUCGGGUUUUAGAUGGUAAUUCCUGCCCAAAUUGCUCGCAAUGGAAGAUGACUACGAUAUCUACGGGGAUCUGGAGGGUUUCGAGGAGGAAGCAGCACAGGACAACAAAGUGGUCCACGAACUAAACGCACAAAUCGCCGAACUGCGGGAGCGGAUCGCCGAGAAGGAGCACGAAAAGCAGGACACCAUCGCCCGGAACACGAUCCUGCUGGAGAACAUCUCGUCGCUGCUGGUGACGGCCAAGGCGGAACUGAAGCGCAAAGACGCUGUAAUAGCGGACAUCCGGCGGGAUCGGGACAAUGCCGCGUUCCGGCGGAAACGAAAUGUGCAGCGGCACGAUCAGGGCACCCAGACAACGCUGGUUCGGCUGCUGAGUCGGGAGGUGCAGACGGAGGGGGAGACGCCGUCGCGGGUUGUUAAGAGGGAGAGGGAGGCGGAGUGGAAGUGGGAGCGGAAGCGGGUUGAGGAGGACCAGAGGCGGCGGGAGGAGGAACGGUUGAAGGUGAAGGAGCGCGUUCCGGUGCGGGAGAGGCUGGGAGGGCGCGUUGUGAUGUCGCGUCCGGAUCGGAAAAGAGGUCGUGGUCGGAAUCGCGAGGAGGAGCGGGAACGGGAGCGGCAGGCACGACGAGGACCGCGAUCCCCGGAGGUGGAGCGGCAUCCGGUGCGGUUUCGGAGUCCAGUGCGUGUCAAGGCGGAAGAGAGUAGCGUUCCGGAUUCGGCGUCGGACAUUGAGCUUUCGCGAGCGUUUAUUCCGAUGAACCGGAAGGAGUUGGACCGGUACGUGAAGGAGAUUGGCCGCGAGCAGAACCGUUCUCCGGUGGUUGUUGAGGUCACCAAGCGGGAAAAAAUUGGCAAGCCUUUGAAGGAUGUUAAAGGGGAAGAGUUGUGGGACACGCGACCACGUAAAAAGACCAAAACGCCUAAAAAGCAUCGCAAACUUGUCGGCAAGACUCCGGUCAAGCGAAAGUCUCCGGGGAUCAUUCAGUCGGAUGAGAUCGGCACGACCGCUUGCGGUAGCAGCGUUCUGUCUCCGGUCAAAUCGGAAGACAUUGAGCAGCGAAUGAGCGCCCUGCACGGCCAUCCACCGCUGCCGGAACCGCCGAAGGUGGUCAUUCCUCCGCCGCCGGAACCGCCCAUUAUCGAGGACGUGCCGGAGCUGCCGCUGGAGGACGAUGCCAAGCUGAACGACAGCCGCGAGCUGAAGAUUGUGGAGUCGAGUGACGAGCAAGUUGUUCAGAGUGAACCGACUGUGGAGGAUGAGCAGAACUCGUCGGCGGAAACGGUGAUCGAACGGUCCCGCGUGGAGGACGACGUAGAUCUGGAAGAUGGGGAGGUCAUCACGCCUGCGCCGAGUCCGGCGCCACCUUCGAAGGAGGAAAUCGCCGAGGCGAAGAGGAUCGCCAAAAUUGCCCAAGCCGUUGCCCAACUUGCCCAAGAAACGAAAAUCAAACUGGAACAAAAAGAGACUGAUUCUCCGCUUAAGACCAAGGUCAAACAGGUUAAGCUGAAGCGCAAGCGUGCCGAUCGUUCGCCGAAAGUUGAACCCAACCCGGAAGAACUUCCCGUGGAAGUUGCUCCUCCUCCUCCCAAGGAACCCACCCCCGAGCAGGACCAGCAGACCAAGCACAAGCGCAACCUGAACGGAGCGUUUGAACUGCCCGAUCAACCCAACACCCAGCGAAGAAACACCUUCUCCGGUGCGCUCGUCAACGACAAGGCCAAGCGCAAGCCGAGACUGUCUGAACCCGGUUCCUCGAAAGUGGCCGCCACCAAGAAGACCGAGGCGCUGCACGAGCUGUUUGGCACGGAUGACGAAAAUUCGUUUGUGGUGGCGCCGCCGCCGGAGGAAGAAGUGACGGCGCACGGCAAGAGAAAGCGAACCGAGAGUGCUGGGGAGGUGGUGGAGGGUAAGAAGAGUCGCAAGGUGGAGGAUGCGACCAAAGAGGACAAGGCGGUUGAGGAGGACAAAAGAUCUGCUGGUACGGAUAAAAGCGAAGAAGUUGCCAAGAAGGAAGUUGUGGACGAAUCAGUUGUUGAGGAUGAGGGCAAGAUUAUUCCUAAAGACCAGGGUGACUUGAAUAGCAGAGAGGAGCAAGAGGAGAACGAAGCCCUCACGCAGAACACAACAGAACCCGACGAGGACAUUGAAACUCUCAAAAGCGAUUCAGCGACCAGCGUUGAGAGCGCAUCAACUGCCCAAAGCGAUCAGCAGGAACUUGCGUCCGGGAGCGAACCAGUUUUCAACGGAUUCGAUGAUCCGAAAGGCGAAGCUGAUGAGCCCACCGUCAACCAGGAUGAAGACGUUCCGAAAAAGGAGGAAAUUGACGACCCUAAACACGAGGAAGCUGCUGCCGCCGCAAACGCCGAUGAGGACGACAAACCGAACCACCCGCCAGAGACGAUCGUCGUGUCCAACAAGUACUGCGAGUACCGCAUCGAAGACGAUAACGAGGUGGAGACCACAUUCUACGUGACGCGCAAGAAAAAGCGAAAGACCAAAUCCAAGUCGCGGAAUGCGUCCCUAAAUGCAAGUGGCGCCAAUUAG